UUGCAACGUCAUUAUUGUUACGUGGCUAAAGGGAGCCCGCAUCCCUGACUACACAGCAGCAGCUUCCAACGCCGCUAUGGUUGGUGUUCUGCUCUCGAAGCUGAUUCAAGAGAUGAUUGAAACGUCAAGCGGCCAGUUGAGUGCAAGCGAUGUCCACGUCAUAGGUUUCAGCUUGGGCGCACAAGCGGCUGGGUUUUGUGGUCGCCACUUCUACAAAUAUACAAAUGAGAAAAUUGGGCGAAUUACAGGUCUCGACCCGGCUGGUCCAUUGUUUCAAGGUACAAACGUGGCCUUGUCAAAGGAUGAUGCGCUGUUUGUCGACGUCAUACACACAAACGCAGGGAAGUUAUCAGAGUGGAUGUUUGGGAUGAAGGGGCCAGUAGGUCAUGUCGACUUCUACCCAAAUGGCGGAGGCCGACAACCAGGCUGCAAAAAUGAUGUUGACCUGGGCUGCAGCCAUACAAAAGCAAUAGAGUACUUCGUGGAAUCGCUAACAUCAGAGUGCCUGUUUGCAGCAUAUCCCUGUGGAAGUGACUGGACACAACUCCUGGGAGAAGGAGGGGAAACGAAUUGGUCGUGCUCUCAAAAGAUGGGAUUCUACAGCUUCACAAAAGCGGGACGAGGGAAUUUCUAUUUGGCAACCAAUGAUAACAAACCGUACUGCAUUGAGUCGGCAAGUGACGUACGACGAGAUCCGCAGUGAAAUGAAACUUUUCUAGGUUUUUUUUUUUCGACCACACACGGAUGUGCCUCAUUUCUCAGGACGGCCUCAAUUUCACAUACCCAGCAGUACCAACAAAUUGUUCGAGAAUGAAGCGGUAAAACGAUCAAGUAAAGAUUCACCGCGUAGUACAUACCGUGCUUGCAUUAGUAAGCCAUUGCGUUUCGGAGCUAUAUAUUGUAUGGGAGUAUUCGAGGCCAUAAACAGACUACGCCUGCUCUAGGCAAGCGAUGUAUGGUUAGACAUCGCGAACAGACACGCGAGGCAAUGUAAAACAGCGUCAUUUGUGUACGAAGUGCAUCCACUGACAAGAGCAUGUGCUCGCAAGAAAGUUCAAAAAUAAAAUG